AUGUCCAUCCGCAUAGCGCUCGACAACCAGCCCGAAUUCUACACCAAUCUCGACCACGUCGCCGGCCGCAUCGUCCUCGCCCUCAACCGCUCCGAGCAGGUCGGCAGCAUCGUCGUCAAGCUCGAGGGCGAGUCCGUCACCGCCCUCAAGGUCCCCGACCCCUACAACGAUGGCACCGGCCGCCCUCCCGGCCCCAUGCCCGGCCCCCCCGGCAGCGUCGUCAGCGAGAACCACAAGAUCCUCUACAAGGUCCAGCAGGUCUUCCCCGACGAGUACCACUCCAGCUCCAGCAACCCCUACGGCGCCUUCCCCCUGCAACCCGGCGAGCACGAGUUCCCCUUCAAGUUCAAGCUGCCCAUCAACAACGCCUGCAGCGACCCCAUGGCCAUGUCCCGCAUCGGCGGGCUCGCCGGCGUCGGCGGCUUCGGCUCCGGCGGCGGCCUGUUUGGCAUGGGCGGCGUGCGCGUCAUGGACGGGAGCAAGCAGCUGUUCCUGCAGCACGUCACCCGCACCCUGCCGCCGUCCCUCACCGGCUACCCGAACGAGGCCGAGAUCCGCUACUACAUCAAGGUCACGGUCCAGCGCCCGGGCUUCCUCAAGGAGAACUGGCGCUUCCAGAUAGGAUUCAAGUUCCUCCCCAUUGAGCCGCCUCGGCCUGCCGUCAACGGCCAGGAGGCGUUUGCCCGGCGGCCGUUUGCGUUUCGUGCCCGCGCGCCGACGCAGCAGCCGGAAAAGAAGCGUAGCACCUUCUUCAACAGGAAGUCGGACAAGGGCGGCGGCGAGCCGUUGGAGAAUGGCAGCAACGGCACAUCGGCAGACACCCCGGGUCAAGCGCCCGCUCCGUCCAUUGAAAUGUCGGCACGGCUGCCGCAUCCUCCCGUCCUCACGUGCAACCAAUCCGUACCCCUGCGCCUCAUCGCCAAGAAGCUGGUCGACAGCCCCGAGCAGGUGUACCUCGUCUCCUUUCAGAUGGAUCUCAUUGGCAUCACCGAGGUCCGCUCACACAACAUCUACGACAAGAAGAUCAACCGCUGGGUCGUCGUCUCUAGUGCAGACCUCAGCAUCCCGCUCACGUCCUCGCCGCAGGACCCUGUCGGCAAUGAAUUCGUUGUCCCCGACGAGCUGUGGAAGAACAGACCCCUUCCGAACACCGUGGCUCCGUCUUUUGUGGCAUGCAACCUGCACCGGCGGUACGAGCUCGAACUCAAGAUAGGAUUGGCUUGGGGAAAGCCCAAGUCGGGCAUGAUGCUCAACUCUCAGCCACAAACCAUCUUCCUCCCCCUGCAUUUCGCCCAGCUGGAGGUCUACUCGGGCAUCACGCCACCCCCCGAGCUGCUACAGGCCGCUAGGAAUACGAAGCCUGGCCGCGUGCAACUUCCUCCUCGCCUACCCCCUCGAACGUCUGUGUCGGGGCCAAGCUCACCGGCGACUUCACGACCACAACAUCCCCAACAAGCUCAGGCCCAAGCGCCACCGCCCAUGCCUCCGCACCCGCAACAAGAUCCCUUGUACCCGCCGCAACUCGCUCCUGGCCAGACAGUGCCGCCGUACGACGACGCGCCGCCGAGCUACGACGAGGCCAUAGCAGAGAACCUUGCAGGUCCGUUUGACGGCCUGCAAUCCCGACCAGCGUACAGCGGCGUGACGAACGAGAAUGCUCCAAGCCAGGUGCCUCAAAAGAAUUAA